UUCAGGACACAGACACCGCUAACUUAUCUCUGCCCAGAUGAAGUCCUAAAAUCGUUUUUAGAUUUAACCUUUAAUCACGGUGUCCGACCUCCUUGUCGGGGAUGCGAAGAGAUGCCUCGGUAGUCGCUGCGGUGCCGCCUUUUUCAGUUUUAAACCGAAACGUCCGCCAACGAGCCUCAACGAACGAACUCUUUACACUGCGACCCUCUUUUUUUAAUAUCUCGACGAGCCGCCUCGUUUCAACGCUGUCGGGAGUUGGAUGUUAAAUAAAACAGCACCGAGGAAAAUUCUCACAAAAAAAACAACGCCCGUCCCGUUUGUAUGAAAUUCGAAUGGCCAAAAUACAGGCUGUCUGCCUUCGCCUGACGUGUGAAUGCUGUUAUUUCGAUAGCCUCGUUGGGCUCCCUCUCUCAUCUCGGAGUACGUUCUCUUAGCGGAAAUAACGCGAGCGGAGGAAACCGCGUUUAGUUCUGCUGAAGAUGUCCUUCUUCAAUUUUAGGAAGAUCUUCAAACUGGGACCGGAUAGGAAGAAGAAGCAGUAUGAACAUGUGCACAGGGAUGUGAACCCAGAGGAAAUCUGGGAGAUUGUAGGGGAACUGGGGGAUGGAGCGUUUGGGAAAGUGUACAAGGCUCAGAACAAACAAAAUGGAACCUUGGCUGCUGCAAAGGUGAUUGACACAAAGACAGAGGAGGAGCUUGAGGAUUACAUGGUAGAAAUUGACAUUCUGGCCUCCUGCGACCACCAUCAUAUCGUCAAACUGCUGGAUGCAUUCUACUAUGAAAGCAAACUUUGGAUUCUGAUUGAGUUCUGUGCGGGUGGCGCUGUGGAUGCCAUCAUGCUGGAACUAGAAAGGCCAUUGACAGAACCCCAGAUCCGUGUGGUGUGUAAGCAGACCUUGGAAGCCUUGGUUUACCUCCAUGAGAACAAGGUCAUCCACAGAGACCUGAAGGCCGGCAACAUUCUCCUCUCCUUGGAAGGGGACGUGAAACUGGCUGACUUUGGGGUUUCUGCUAAAAAUACUAAGACAUUACAAAGAAGAGAUUCUUUCAUUGGAACUCCAUAUUGGAUGGCCCCAGAAGUGGUGAUGUGCGAGACCUCCAAGGACCGCCCAUACGACUACAAGGCGGACAUCUGGUCACUAGGUGUCACCCUGAUUGAGGUGGCGCAGAUUGAGCCGCCCAACCAUGAGAUGAACCCCAUGAGAGUGUUGCUGAAAAUAGCCAAGUCCGAGCCACCCACACUCAUGCAACCCUCUCGCUGGUCACCGGAGUUUAAUGACUUUCUACGAAAGGCACUUGAUAAGAAUGUGGACAAUAGGUGGGGUCCAACACAGUUGUUACAGCAUCCCUUUGUCACCAGUGUAGUGGAUAGCAGACCACUCAGAGAACUGAUCGCUGAGGCCAAAGCUGAAGUCACAGAAGAAAUUGAAGAAGGCAAAGAAGAGGAGGAGGAGGAGGAGACAGAAGCACCUCUGGUGACACCUGGCCACAGGCGGGCACCGUCAGACACCAGUGUAGCCAGCUCAGAGGAUGAAAAAGUUCCUCCGACUACCUCCACCCUGGAAUCUGUCACAGAGAAGAUGGAGGUUGAUGCAGCUGUGGACAGGACCAGUGAUAAGCUUUCUGAUGAAGGAUUGGGGACAAGUGAGUUCGACAAGACUGAGGAGGACAAACUCAUUGAGGUUUCUGAUGCCAGUAAUGAAGACCUGGCCCCUGAGUUACUGCAGCCUACUAAGGAGCUCAUCUCAGAGGAGCUGUUAGUAGCUGAGCUGGAAGAGGGACCCUCUGAUGAGAUUUCUACUGAACCCAUGGUAUCGCAGCCAGAGGAGCCAUUAGAUACAGCCUGUAUACAAGAAGCUGUGACAGUUAGCCAAGAAACAGGGGAGGAGGAGAGGGAGACGCAAGAAGAUAAUAACACUGAGGAUGAACUUCCUGAAGUAGUUAAAGGAGUUAUGGAACCCCAAGAGAAGGAGGAUAGAAAAGAACCAAGCACAGAUGAAAUUGUGGCGACUCCUCAGGCUGUUAUAACCACAGAAUCAGCAGAGCAGCAUGAAGGUUUACCAGAAGAACUAGAUUCUAUAUCAAGAGAGGUGGUGGAGGGAGAGGAAGAGGGAAGAGGACCUGCUAAGGAAGUAACCUCACAGGAAGCGACAGAGGAAAGACAGCCACACACAGUUGAGGAACUUAACACAAGAGUGGAGACUGAUAUGGAAUCAAACUCUGAGUCAAAUGUUAAAGUUGCAGACGUAAAUGGAGCCAUAGACAUACAUUCGAGCACAGCUGAGUUCUCCGCUGAGAUCUCUGUAAAGAAUGAGACCACAGAAGAAGAGCCCUGUCAGGUGACCAAAGAGGAGCCUGAAGAUGAGGCUCUGGAGGUGGAAGAACACCCUGCAGAGGAGGCAAAGGCCAAAGAAGAGGUUGAACCAAAGGAGCAGCCAGCAGCCAAGUCUGCAAAUGAAGUCAGUGAAGAAGCCAAAGACACCGCUGGGGAUUUGGAGCCAGUGAUCAUUUCAGAAGUUGCCUUUGAUAAGGAAGUGGAGGAGAGGGGUAUUAAGGAAGAGGAAAGCACUUCCAAAGGUGCUGUCUCUGGCCCUGAGAGUGGGACAGAGUCUGAAACUAAGACUGAGCAGGGAAGCUCUGCGGUGACCGGUAAAUCAGAUGUGGAGAAAGACUCAGACUCUGGGAGCAGCUCUGCUGCUGAUAGCAACAGCCUUGACCUAAAUCUAUCCAUCUCCAGCUUCCUGUCCAAGAGCAAAGAGGGGGGAUCUGUGUCUGUGCAGGACCUGAAACGGCAGAAGAAGACUCUAAAGAAGACGCGUAAGUUCAUGGUGGAUGGCGUGGAGGUCAGCGUGACCACAUCGAAGAUAGUGACAGAUAACGAUGCCAAGAAUGAAGAGAUGAGGUUCUUGAGACGGCAGGAGCUGAGGGAGCUACGUCUCCUGCAGAAGGAGGAGCAGAGGGCCCAGCAGCAGCUCAGCAACAAGCUGCAGCAGCAAAGAGAGCAGAUCUACCGGCGCUUUGAACAGGAGACCACUAAUAAGAAGCGCCAGUAUGACCUAGAGGUGGAGAACCUGGAGAAAAAGCAGAAGCAGACCAUUGAACGACUGGAACAAGAUCACACCAACCGGCUCCGGGAUGAGGCAAAACGCAUUAAAGCAGACCAGGAUAAGGAGCUGUCCAAGUUCCAGAACAUGCUGAAGAAUCGCAAGAAGGAGGUGAAACAGGAAGUCGGACAGUCACCCAAACACAUGAAAAAAGAGCUUAUGAAACGCUUAAAGGAGGACCUGGCGCUCAUUAAGAGUGCAGAGGAGCAGGAAUUCCUGCAGAAGCAGCAGCAGGAGCUGGACGCAGCUCUAAAGAAGAUCAUCCAGCAGCACAAGAUUGAGAUCGCCACCAUUGAGAGAGAGUGCCUCAACCACAAACAGCAGCUGAUGAGAGCUCGGGAGGCGGCCAUGUGGGAGUUAGAGGAGCGUCACCUUCAGGAGAAGCACCAGCAGCUGAAGCAGCAGUUAAAAGACCAGUACUUCAUGCAAAGACACCAGCUGCUGAAGAGGCAUGAGAAGGAGAUGGAACAGAUGCAGCGCUACAACCAGAGGCUAAUAGAAGAGAUGAAAAACAGGCAGACACAGGAGAGGGGUCGCCUACCCAAGAUACAGCGCAGCGAGGCCAAAACCCGUAUGGCCAUGUUCAAGAAGAGCCUCCGCAUCACUGCUGCAGCGGGCACACCGGAACAGGAGAGGGAGAGGAUAAAACAGUUUGCUAUGCAGGAAGACAAGAGGCAGAAAAAUGAGAGACUGCACCAACACCAGAAACAUGAGAACCAGAUGAGGGACCUCCAGCUGCAGUGUGACUCCAACAUCAGAGAGCUGCAGCAGCUACAGAACGAAAAGUGCCACCUAUUGAUCGAGCAUGAGACCCAGAAGCUGAAGGAGUUGGACGAGGAACACAGCCAAGAGAUAAAGGAGUGGAGAGAGAACCUCAGGCCCAGGAAGAAGGCUUUGGAGGAGGAGUUCACCCGGAAGCUCCAAGAGCAGGAAGUCUUCUUUAAGAUGAGCGGCGAGUCUGAAUGCCUUAACCCCACCACCCAAAGUCGAGUCUCUAAGUUUUACCCCAUCCCCAACAUGCACAACUCGGGCCCAUAGCGUUUUGUCAGGCUUUACAACAGAGCAGUCAAGUUUUUAAAAAAAAUGGUUGUGCUUCUAUACAACUCUUUUGGAACUGUAGAUGUUUUGCCCGAUCAUCAUUAGUAAUAGUAAACAUGUCAUUGACUGCACUGUUAUAUUUCAAGUAUUCAAUGUACACAGAGACACUCCCUCCCCUUGCUUCAUCACUCCUCUCUUGGUUUGUUGGGAAAUGUUGUCCAAGGGACAGUUGCACUUUUCUAAGCAUGUUCGAAUUUUACAUCUCUGUAAUGGGAGGCUAAGUCAAGUAAGGGUUAUCAAAAGACUUGAAAGCACAGCCUACUAAAGAAUGAAUGAUCUCUAGUGCCUAAGUUAAUGAUUUUCUUUUCCUCAAGGCUAAGGCCUGUUUUCUAAGGCUUGCAGUAACUACGGUGUACCCUUAAAGUGUAUAUGUUGCACUUAAAUAGCAGGUGCAUCAUUAAAUGAUAUAAAGCAUUGCUUUGAUAAUUUCUCAUGAGGUGGUACUUGAGCCAAUUCUUAGAUCAUGUUUGAGUGAACAAGGGGGGCACAGUUGGUUCGGCUGAGAGAAUUUUGGGAUUCAAGAAGCUCCAGAAAAGUCUGUACUUCAAGGGCCAUUCUCGUGAUUUUGUGGUCUUCUCUGUGCCCAUUUCAUCUUGGGGGUCAAUAUACCUUACAGUGCCCCAGUGAGAUGAUAAUGCUCUGUAUUUUGAAUAAAAUAGAAUGUAAUGUCUUGCAAAUGAUGCGCUGAGUAAAUUGUUAUUUGUAUGUGUCUUUUGAAGUGAAGUUAUAUGCUGUGCUCAACAUAAAUGGAGAAUAUUACAAUCUUGAGUUGAACAGAUGGGGGGGAAAAAAUCUAAAACUCACACUUCUAUUUGAAAGCUGUACCCCACAUCACACAAUCGCCUCCAUCACAUUAUCAGAGAUUGAUGUAUUUCUUCUGUUUGUUGGAAUUGUCGACUAAAUAGAAGUUUAAAUACUCGUGUGCUUUUUUGUUCAUCGAAUCAUUCGAUCUUCCCCCCGAGUUGAACAACUUUCACAUGGAUGACUAAACAUUAGAGACACAUGGUUUCCUAGGAAGUACUGUGUGGGGGUAACAGAACAUAACCUGAUACUGAAGGAAUGUAAAGCUGUUAAUUUGCACUGUUUAUUAGCCACGUGAGCUGAAAAUAUGCAGUAGUAUACUGUCAGGACACUGACAGUGAGGAAGAAUUAUCAGAGUUCCUCUUUCCAGUCACCUUUGUCUCACCCAAGCCUAUUCCCGAAAUUGACUGAAUUGUUUAUGUUUUGCAUGCUUUUUCUUUCUUUUUUUUUCAACUUGGAAUUAAAAUGUUCGUUUCAAAUAUGCCCUUGCUAUUAUAGGACAUUUAGUUUUCUAAAUAUGUAUACAUAGUAUAUCAAUGCUGUAACCACUUUUACUGAUUCAGCCCUCUUUAUGAGGCCGUGAUAUGGCACCGUGGUGUUUUGAAAGGUGUGCUACUAUGCUGUCUUCACUCCCGAGUGUAUGAACUCGAAAGUGUGUCCGUUUGGUGUAUUUUUAUGAUAGGAACACAAGUGUUGGUGGCUUGGAGGCCUGUUUCAAGAGAACAGAUGCAGGAUUUUGUUACAACAUAUCAUUAGUGCAUGUCAUAUUUUAUGCGUGCCAGA